CUGUAUGGCCGUCUCUCGUCGAUUCUUCGUCCCCUUCUUUAAUGGAGCCGGACGACCCGCAUCAAAAUAAGGGGGCGGGUUCCGUCGUUCGCGGUCCCUUUUACCAAAUAAUACUCUCUUCAACUCACUCUCUUUUCAUUUUCCUCAACCCCCUCUUGUUGUUCUCUUCUUACCCGUAUACUUUCGUUGAAGUGAAUUGUUUAUUUUGGAGGGGUCUUCCUCGUCGUAACAUCACACUCAAACACAAUGGCUUUGUCUUUCGUUCGUCAAGCGUCACUCGUUGCUCUUCUCGCAACCUCGACUCUGGCUCAAACUUUCACCGACUGCGACCCUACCAAAAAAACAUGUCCCGCCAACGCCGGCUUGACCAAGAGCAACUAUGAGGUCGACUUCACCAAGGGCGCUGACAAUGAUGCCUGGUCCGUCACGGCCGGCAACAUCUCCUACACCUCCGAGGGCGCCGAGUUCACCCUUAACAAGAAGGGCGACGCCCCGACCAUCGAGACGUCGUGGUACUUCUUCUUCGGCCGCGCCGAGGUCGUCAUGAAGGCCGCCCCCGGCACCGGCAUCGUCAGCAGCGUCGUCAUCGAGUCCGACGACCUCGACGAGGUCGACUGGGAGUGGCUCGGCGGCAAGGACGCCGAGGUCCAGACCAACUACUUCGGCAAGGGCAACACCACGAGCUACGACCGCGGCGCGUUCCACACCAUCGCCGCCACCCAGACCGAGUUCCAUAACUACACCAUCGACUGGACCACCGAGGCCGUCACCUGGUACAUCAACGGCGCCCUCGUCCGCACCCUCAACUACGCCGACGCCCUCGGCGGCAAGAACUUCCCCCAGACCCCGGCCCGCCUGCGCCUCGGCAUCUGGGCCGGAGGCGACCCGGACAACAACGAAGGCACCAUCACCUGGGCCGGCGGCGAGACCGACUACACGAAGGCGCCAUACACCAUGACGGUCCAGAAGGUCGCCAUCACCAACGCGAACCCGGCCAAGUCCUACACCUACGGCGACAUGACGGGCGACUGGACGAGCAUCAAGAUCGAGGCCCCCGGCGCCGCCACCGACGACGGCACCAACUCGGGCCAGAACGACACUUCCUCCGCAGGUAACAACUCUUCCUCUUCUUCUCCCUCCACCGCCACCGAGACGCCGUCCUCUGGAUCCCCCUCGCCCUCGGGCUCCCCGCUGAGUAACUCGACCGCGACAGGAUCCACGCUCCGCCCGACGGUCUCUGCCACGGCCACCCAGUCCGGCUCGGCCGCCAGCGCGACCGCCUCAACCGCCGCCGCUGCCGGUGGCAAGUUGCUGAGCGGCUCAACCGUCGGCACUGGCCUCUUUGGAGUUGCUCUCGUUGCGAUGGCUGGUCUGUUUUAAAUGAAAUGUGUAAAUCCUUUGGGGGGGAGAGUAGUGUGUAUGUAGUUCUUCCACCACUAGUUAAAUAAUUCAGGACGAACUGUGUCCCUUUUUUUUUUUUUUCG